GUAUCUCAUUGUCAGCUUGGAAUAGUCUACUGCGCUCCAUAGGAUUCUACAACUCAUCAUGAUUUUUAAGCAAUGGAUUAACAUAUCUGGAUUUUACCACUUAUAAAUUCCGAGAAAGUAUCUUGCCUGGCUUUAGAUUAUCUGAUUAUCAUCAAUUUCAAGAGGACUUUUUCUUCUGUUGGACACAUUUUUGCGCACACUGUACACUAUGGCAAAUGCUUGCGUACAGUUCACGGGUUUUGUGAUGAGUUUUCUUGGUUGGAUUGGGCUUAUCAUCGCCACUGCCACUAACGAAUGGGUAGUUACUUGUAAAUAUAACAUGAACACCUGUAAGAAGAUGGAUGAACUGGAGGCAAAAGGUUUGUGGGCAGACUGUGUGAUCUCAACUGCCUUGUAUCACUGCAGCACACUCACGCAGAUCCUCGAGUUACCAGCGUACAUCCAGACGUCUCGAGCACUAAUGGUCACAGCAUCGAUUCUCGGAUUGCCUGCUGUAGCGCUCGUGCUCAUGUCCAUGUCCUGUAUUAACCUUGGAAGUGAACCAGAAAGCGCCAAGAACAAACGAUCAGUGUUUGGUGGAAUCCUAAUAAUGCUGACUGCUUUUUGUGGCAUCGUUUCCACUGUGUGGUUUCCCAUCGGAGCCCAUCACGAGAGAGGUUUGAUGUCAUUUGGCUUCUCCCUGUAUUCUGGCUGGGUGGGAACUGCACUUUGUUUGCUCGGAGGCUGUAUGAUCACCUGCUGUUCAGUGGACACCCCUGCCACAUACACUGACAACAACAGAUUCUACUACUCCAAACAGGGCCCCGCCCAUCCUGGCCAGCCCUCCACUAACCACGCCAAAAGUGCUCACGUGUGAGCUUCGGGAUUACUGCUCAGAUCAGAUCCCU